AUGCGCUUCGACGCGCAGACAGCACCCAUCGCAGACCUUCUGGGCACGCAGAAGGGCGCCCGAUGCGCUCUGCAUUGCCCGCUGGACGUAGCGCCACCACGGGCGGCUGUGGUAGCUGCGGUGCCGAUGGGAGCUGCCAUGAAGCCGCCAAAGACGCUGAGUCACUUGGAGCCAAAACGGAGAUGCCAGACGCAUGGGCAUGAUCAGGGUUUGAAGGUCCGUGAAACUAAGCUGAGUGUACUUUUGGAAUCAGAUGAGUUCAUGCGGUUGGCCUGGCUUUGGCAAUGUUGUGAUCCUGGCAUCUAG